UUGAUUUCUGGGAAACCAACAUGGUGGUCGGAUUCAACAUGGCUGCCGUGUUACUCAGUCGCGUUUCCUUGCCCUAUACGUUUGGUCGAAGUGUACCAAAGAUCUCGUGGAUCAGAAACUUAAGUUCAGAUUCUAGUGGAAAUGGGAAUGGAGCAAAGUUACCGAUAUCGUCUCUGCUGGAAAAACUUAAGAGCUCAUCCGCUACCAGGGCUGAUCUUUCCAAGCUUUCUGACACGCUUUCUACGGAACCCCUGCCUGAGAAAAGACCGAGUCUUAAGUCAAAGGUGACCAGGAGAAAAGGUCUCUCAAGCCGUAAACUGAAAACUGGUUUACAACGUAAGAGAGCUAAUACUGAGGAAUGGAAAUAUAACAAGAUUUUACGACAAAUGCGUAUACAAGAAGAUGCGUCUCUGGGAGAGAAAUCCUUGGGGAUUUCUGAAUCUGGUGACCUUCUCGGCUCCUUAAAGGAGGUUGGGCAAGAACCUGGACAAGACGAUGCGAAGAGUAUGCUUGAGAAGUCAAUCGAAGAAACCAGGAGUCGACGGAAGGAUGUAUUUCGAAGAAUCGCGGCAAGCACAUCGGAAUCCACCGGGCUUGUAAGGCGAAGACCACAGAGGGUGGUAAAGAGUCUAGAGGAUUUGGACAAGAGCCGACUUGAUGCGGCUGAACGAUCUAAGCAGAAUGUAGAUCCCAGCCUGAACCAGAAAAUCAAAGACCUGCUAUCGGAGGUCGAGAUUCAACCUAAACAGCUGGGCACAGCAAAAACCAUUGUUGCAGCAGUGGAGAACUGGGGCACGACUGCAAAUUACCAAAGGAGAACUCUCAAGGAAGAACACGACUAUCAGACCAAAGAGAUGUCUUCAAUUAACAAGCCCAGUGGGGUCAUGCUUCUCGAAGGUGAAAGCGCUGGCCUCUUUGACGACAUCAUUAGCAAAGCAAACACUGCAAAUGCAAAAAUCAACAAUGUUACUCAGUCCAAUUUCUUGUACCAUCUUGAGGAAUUGGAUAAUGUCGAUAAAAUUGGAUACCUCGGUGUCAAAAAGAAUGCAUUUGUGGAUCAAAUAAGUCUUUCUAAUAGAUUAUGGCAGUACCCAAUUGAUAAUGAAGUCUGCAAGAUAGAAGAAGAAAAUAUCAGUUUUGAGGAACAUGUGUUUCUGGAAUACUUAUUGGACGACUUCCCAAGCAAAGGUCCUGUACGCCGCUUCAUGGAAUUGGUUAUAAACGGCUUACAGAAAAACCCCUAUCUGACUGUGGAACAGAAAAAGGAGAGAGUUCGUUGGUUUCAUGAUUAUUUUUCCAACUUUUCUGAAGAGGAACUUAGUUUUUGAGAUGCUUUGUGGUAACAGAAAUUCAAGGAAUGUUUCAUCAUGUGCUGUUUGCGUGCAGAAUCCUGUCACACGAGCUUAUCAAUUACAAGACAUAUGAAAUGGAUACCAGGAAUAGAAAGGACAUGGUAACUUAGUAACUUAAUGCUAAGGGAUGGACCAUUAUUUUUGUGAUUGGGGGAGAGAGUUGAGCAAUUUCCAAAAUAAAAUUAUGCACACCAACUGCCAUGGGAAAAAAAAUCGAGCAAGUGUUUUCUACUAUCCGGGUCCAGUUUUACAUGUUGAAAAAAAUUCUUGCACAAGUUAUUACCCAUCAAAAAAAAUCAUGCACAGCCUGAAGGUGAAAAAAAAAAUUCAUGACCCAGAAAUUGCCUACUACCCUCCCCCUUCCCCCCAACUCAAAAAAAUAAUAGGCCAUCCCUAAUUUGAGUUGGUCGAUGUGUAAAAUACAUGGAUAUCCUUGAACUUUUGCAGUGGUUUGGAGGUAAAUCUGUAUUAACAUUAACACCAGGACCUAUAUGGAAAAGAAUUACUGGACAGCAAGUAAUUUUUUACUUUCAAAUACGGAAAGUAAAUGAUCUCAACUUUAGCCAGCUUACUAAUUUCACCACUUUUUUCAUUUCUGGCCCAUCUUUGUUCCAAAACCAUUUAUUGUAAUUGGCAAAGCUAUGCAACGUGUUGCAAAUGGCCUUUGUAACUCCAUUUCUGGUUCUUUCAUUAUGUUUCCUGCUGAUAGUAUGAAGUCUAAUUAAACAUUAAAGGUAAUUCAAAUGAAGAAA